AUGCCUUCAAACAGAAAUCUUGUAUCCGAGCCAGUUGGCGGAGGAGUCCUCUGCAAAUUCGAUCAACGGGUGACGGAAGAUCCCACCAAGUGCGCAAUUGUCUAUGAAGAUGAACAACUUACCUACUCAGAAUUGGAUCACCGCUCGCGCCAGCUCGCAUCGAAUUUAACACAGCAUGGGGUCAGCCUGGAGGAUAUCGUGGCAUUUUGUUUUCCUAAAUCUGUCCACGCUGUCAUUGCCAUCCUCGCGAUUCUUCGCUGUGGCGCUGCGUUCACGGCGCUUCCACCCGAUGCACCGAAGGUUCGGAAAAAUGAAAUUUUGAGUGUCUGUAAACCCAAGGCUGGGACCAGUCCAACGAGAUGGCCAUGGAACAUUCAGAUCUGCCAUAAGGCUUGUCGAUAUUUGCUAUUUUCCUGCCCUUUCUAG